UAAACCAAUCAACAAGCAUGUUUCAAAUUAGCACGGCCUGAUGAAAACAUCUGCAAUAGUGGAACACAUGCUGACGUUAGAAGUUGUAAAGUUGGAAAUCUGACACAACACAAUUUAAAGCGAGGUGCGAUCACUGAUCUACUUUGGAUGAUUGUAUUUAAUAGAUGGAACACACACUGAACUAUCAUUAAGAUUGUCUGUUGGAUACCAAUGGCAUCAAAGAAGCAGCCGGAUCUUCCUAGGGGCCUGAUAGGAAGAACUGGUGUUCCCACAGGAAGAGGGGCAAGAUUGCCAUCUUUUAGAGGGCCUAGAGACUUAACACUCGGAGGAAUUCCAAAAAAGGUUUUCACACCUACAAUCCCUACAGCGAGACGAGACAAGACAAAGGAUAGUCAAGCACAAGAUGAAGGGCAGAAGAAGGAAGGAAAAAGAGCUCACAGUACUGAUAGAAAAGGGUCAGAGAGGGGCAGGGGGCGUGGUCGGGGCAGAGGAAGGGGCAAGCCACAGGAUGUAAUUCAGUCACAUUCCAUUUUUGAGCAAGGUCCAACAGAGAAAUUAUCACGAGGUACAGAGUUCUCUGGAGACUACCUUGGUGGUGGUGGAGGAGGAGGUGGUGCUGGAGGUAGUGGUGGUGGAGGUGGUGGAGGGGGUGGAGGAUCAAGAUCAUCCUCGGCAACUGGAGGCAUCAGGACUGGGAUCAAGAAAGACAGGGAUGAAGAUGGAUCCAAACAUGUCCUUGACUAUCUACUGAGGGAUGAUUUUAUAGAUACGUCUCUUGAGAUUGAAGACCCCACCACUCAGCCUGUUGUGUUGCCUCUGUGUGCCAUGGUGGACAGACAGACAAAACCUAGUCUUGAUGAAGUCACCAAUGUCAAGAUCAAAAAGGAACCUGGUUUUUCUGCUGAAGUGGACACUGUUGACUCCAAGCCGCCCAAAGUCACUGGACGUCAGCAAUCUCCUGUUGUUGUUGAAGAGACUUGUGAUCAGCUGUUUACGAACCAUGGGAAAACAGAAAACACAGACUUUCUAUUUUUUCAAUUCCCUGAUACCAUGCCUGGUGUUCCAGCCAGCAAUAGGGGAGGAGACAUUGGAGAUCGACAGAAAUCCCAGACUGGGACUAAGGAUGCGGAUGAUCUUGCCAAGAAAAUGGGCUCCUGUUCUCUGACGGAUUUCUCUGAGGGAUAUAUGGGUAAACUGGUGGUGCGGAAAUCUGGACGUACACAGCUUGUGCUUGGCAACAUCACACUAGAUGUUUCCAUGGGAACCAAAUGUGGAUUCUUACAGGAUCUAGUUUCCAUAGAAACUACCUGUAGUGGAGGAGAUGCUGGUCGUAUGGCAGUGCUUGGACACGUCAACAAGAGACUUGUUUGUACACCUGACUUUGACAGUCUGCUGCUUUCUUUAUAACACAGGUGAAAAUAUCAUCGAUAUAGAAAUGGAAGGCCUGGCUUCAAUCUACUGGAACAUUCCCAAAGUCUCUUCACGACAUCAGUGUGGUGUUGGGACGUUCCUCUUCAUCAGUGUGCUGGGGUAUUAUUGAAAUCUUGUCACUGUGCUGGAAUCUCCAUACAUCAGUGUGGUGUUGGGACGUUCCUCUUCAUCAGUGUGCUGGGGUAUUAUUGAAAUCUUGUCACUGUGCUGGAAUCUCCAUACAUCAAUGUGGUGUUGGGACAUUAUGAAAGUCUUCAUCAGUGUGCUGGGUCCCUGGAUUCAAAAGCUAUGUACUGAGUUGUCAUUAAAGUCAACAGAACUGUGUUGGGACAUCCCUCAAGUCUUCAUCAUUUUGAUUUGACAUCCCUCAAGUCUUCCUGAAUGUGCUGGGAUGUACCUGAAGUCUUCAUCAUUGAGCACAUCAGUGUACAUCAGUAUUCACUGGGCUUGGAUGUCCUCUUAAAUUGAGAUCCCUGUCUGAGCUUGAUUGUUGUGCAAACUUUUCUUCACUGUGCUUAACACUGGAUGUUACAUAAUUGUGAGGGAUCCCAAUAAUGUGAAAAGUAGACUGAUCUACCUCACUGAUGACUGCAUCAGUGCAAGAGCAUGACUCAGAAAUAUAAUUCUACACUCAGUAUAUUUGUACAACAAACUUCUGUUCAAGAAAAAUAUUCUUUUUAAUCAGAUGUGUUAAAAAAUAUUCAGAGAAUUCUGCAAAAUUCUAACAGAAAUGAAGCCCAUGUGCAGACUUUUAGGAAAUGUCAUAAUAUAAUAGAGAUGGUAACAUAACCUUGACUUUUUGUUAGAAAAACUGGAAUCUAGUAAAUUUAUGAUAAAUGAUUUAUAAUAAAUGAGUGUGUGUGCGUUAGUUCAGCAUUGGUUAAGAAAAGUUGUGAAAUGCAAAGGGAGGCAAUCCCAAUAAAAAUUAUUCUUCAGGAG